AUGAAGGUGGAGUGCGUGACGUCGUGCAUAAUGAGCGGCAACGAGGCAGUGUGCGCCGCCAAGGGCUGCUGCAAAGCGACUGCGUGCCUGGCCGGUGCGUACGCGCUGGCGAGGAACACGGUGAACGUGGUGAAGGGCCUGCAGGGCGGUAAGGUGGUGCAGUGCGCAUACGUGGACUGCCUCGGCACCUGCGCCCCCAACUGCCAGUUCUUCGCCAACGAGGUUGUCCUAGGUGCGACUGGGAUAGAGAAAAAUUUGGGAAUACCAGAGCUCAGUAAAUUCGAGAAUUGCCUUUUAUGCAACUGUCUGUCUUAUGUGAGAAAUGAGAUCGCAAGAGCCGUGUGGCUGGUGUACACGAUGUGCCAGCAAUGCUCUUGUGCGGCGCCCUGUACCCCUUGCCCGAGCGAGUGUUUCGCUCAGCCGGUGGUCCCCUGCGUGCCGCCGAAUACCUGGACUUGCGACUACCCCGACGCGUGCCGCGAUGAAUAUUUGGCCUCGAUUUGCCGCGAGAUGACCUGCCGCUGCGGCAGCACCGAGCUGUGCUGGAGGCCGCGAGACUUUGACUUCGAGACACCGAGGGCGACGAGGGGCGGGCACCUCAUGGUCCAGCACGGCGACGCCUGCACCAAGUGUCGCGUACCGAAGAGCGUGCGAAUGGAACAGCAGAUAAGGGACAGAGCGAGAGCACCGCCCAAUGUGUGU